AUGACGUCCCUAAAUAUCAAGCUCGAAGACAUCACCAGUCUGGUGGGGAAGAAGGUGCUGCUCACAGGAUCUUCCGGGAUCGGGCUCGCAGCUGCCAAGAUCUUCGCCCAACGUGGAGCUGACGUCUUAAUCCUUGACCUCAACUCUCCCCUCGAGGCACUUCCAUCUGCUAUCGAAUAUCGCAAAUGUGACAUCUCUCAAUGGGCCGAGCUCAAAUCCGCGUUUUUACAAGCAGGGAAUAUCGAUAUUGCAGUUGCUAAUGCUGGAGUUUCGGAGGACCGAGAUUAUUUCGCCGACACUUUCGAUGAAGAAGGGGAACUGCUGGAACCGGCUUAUCCGGUCAUGGAAGUGAACUUGAAAGCAGUAUUCAACUUCGUUAAAUUAUCUUUGAGCCAUUUCAGGAAGAGGAAGAGUCAAGGAAGUAUUGUUAUCACAUCGAGUGCGACAGCAUACUCUCCAGAGCAGAGUCUACCAGUGUAUAGUGCUUGCAAGCUAGCUCUUAUUGGCCUCGUUCGUUCUCUUCGCUCAACUGUCAUCCAUGACAACAUCACUAUCAAUGCCAUCGCUCCCGCUGCCACUAUAACUUCCCUUCUUCCAGCUCACCUUGCUGCUCCAAUUAUCGCUGCCGGCCUUCCUGUCAGUACUGCCGAGCAUGUUGGCCUGGCGGUAGUCUACUCCUCUUCAGCCACACAGCUUGGUCAGGUUGAGUUAUACGGUCGGGAUCCAGAAGAACUGGCGAACACACAGGGCCGAUGGAACGGAAGAACUAUCUUGACGCUGGGUGACAGAUACACUGAGUUGGAAGAGCCGAUUGCACGGUUGAGAGGAGAUUGGUUUGGAGAGGAAAACAAAAGCGACACCAGGAAGCAGCAGAUGGCUACAGACUUCAGACCGUUUCCAGUGUGA